AUGUUCAGUAUCAUAACAUGUGUGAGCAACUCUACGAUUCUUCUUGCGAUUAAAAAUACACGAGAUCUUCACACACCAUCUUACGUCCUUCUGGGCUGCCUGGCUUUUUCUGAUCUUCUCGUUGGCCUCUUUUGUCAGCCACUUUUCGUGGGAGUCAAGAUAGCUGAGUUUGAAAGGAGCUUUACUGUGUAUUGUUGGUUGAGAAUGCUUCAGACCAGAUCAGCUUGGACAACAGCCGGCGUUUCGUUUUUCACAGUAGCUGCAGUGUCCGUCGACCGACUAAUUGCUUUACACCUGCACUUGCGAUACAGCGCAUUUGUCACCGUUUCUCGGAUUUUGCAAGCCACUCUGGUUAUUUGGAUCUUGUCCGUUAUAUUGUGUGUCGUGCUAAGGUUUUGGAUGACCGCCGAAUGGUUUUUCAUCCCGUUGGUCAUUUUCGUUGUUGUAUCCGUGGUUCUAACCGUCAGUACCAUGAAGAUAUUUCAGAUGGUUCGAAGACACCAGCGCCAGAUAAAAAGACAAACUGAGGCCGUGAGCAAUCUUCGACCCAUGACAGUGAACGUCCUCAAAUGCAGAAAAUCAGCUGUUACUUUACUUUAUAUUUACGGCUUGUUUGUGAUAUGCUAUGCCCCUUUCAUUGGAACGCUGAUCACAGAGAUGUUCCAUCGAUAUACAAUCAAGGAACAAAUCGCUUAUGAUUUCUCUACGACUGUUAUUUUCGUCAACUCCUUUAUAAACCCGGUAGUGUACUGCUGGAGAAUUAGGGAGAUAAGAAAAGCUGUAAAGAACAUUCUAAGGGGGUGGGGUGGGGGACGGAAUGAAUAAUAUAUACCCCUACUCUAGCAAGCCAAAAUGAUAUCCUCGAUGCCAAUAUGAGGGAGCAAGGGUGGGGAUGGGUAUGGGAAGCAAUGUUGGCGCACUAUUGAGAGCACUCCCCUCCAAUGUGGCCCAGGUUCAAAUCCAGGCGUCGACGCCAUUUGUGGGUUCACUAUGUUGUUGGUAGUCUUCAUUGCACCGAGAGCCUUUUCACCGAGUGAUCCCGUAUCCCCUAUCCUCAAAUCCAAAACUUUCAAAUCCCAGUCGAUCUGGAGCGUACUGUUGGGAAAGAAAUAGGUGAUGCUUAACUUUAUUAUUUAAUGAUUGAAUAUUAAUUAGAAAGUCCGAGUAUAUUUACAAUAAAAAUGAUGUAACUGCAUGCAUUUUCUUAGGCUAAAUAAGGUGAAAGAACGUGCGAUGUUGUAAGAGUCACUUAGUUUAGAUACAUACAAUGGGAACUUUUACUGCACAUCUGAUCAAUGUAAAAGUACUGCCUUACGCAAGGAUAGUAGAAAAAAAAACCUCUGUAUUACUUAGAAUGUGUUAGUUGUUAGUUGAUCGUAGAGUGACGGCGAUAUUUGAUCGUUGAUCGUUGUGUUACGACCUGAAUAUGUGAGAAUUGUGCAUCGCAGUAGAUUGUUGGAUUGGAUUAAAUCGUGCUGUUACAUCGAAAGAUACAGUCCUCUUGAUUUGUUUCAACCAGCGAGCGGGGUUAAAAGAAUUCCGCAACACGUACGUACACGUUGAAAUGAGUUCUCAGAAAAACUCCUAAGUUCUCUGUGGGAACAAAUUACAAUUAGAAAACUUUACAAUUUGACAUCAGCCUCUGUACAAGUAGUUAUUCAUCCUGGCUAGCACGACGAGGUUAUUUCUGUUUCUAUCGGCCAGAGGAAUAGAGUCUUUAUACUUUGACAAAUGACUUGGAGUGAUUCAAAGUUGGAUCUUCUGUUUCCUUUGCAUAAAGAGACGAAAACUAUACAUAGUACCCAACUGUAUACUCAAGUGUUUCAUCUGAUUUCCGAACACAGAGAAGUAAUAUAUGAAACACGAGAAGGAGUGUUCCAUCUGAUAUCCAAAAACGGAGAAGUAGUACAUCAAACACGAGAAGGAGUGUUUCAUCUGAUAUCUUAAUACCUGAAAAGCAUAUAUCCAAAAAGCGAGAAGCAAUAUAUUAAACACGAGAAAACUGUUUCAACUGAUCAAGACACCUAGAGGUAAUAUGUCAAACACGAGAGGGAGUGUUUCAUUUGAUAUCCAAACACCCGAAAAGCAUAUCCAAAAAGCGAGAAGCAAUAUAUUAAACACGAGAAAACUGUUUCAACUGAUCAAGACACCUAGAGGUAAUAUGUCAAACACGAGAGGGAGUCUUUCAUCUGAUAUCCAAACACCCGAAAAGCAUAUCCAAAAAGCGAGAAGCAAUAUAUUAAACACGAGAAAACUGUUUCAUCUGAUAUAUCCAAACACCUAGAAGUAAUAUAUCAAACACUAGAGGGAGUGUUUCAUCUGAUAUCCAAACACCUAGCAGUAAUAUAUCAAAAACGGGUAGGAGUGUUUCAUCUGAUAUCCAAACACCUCGAAGUUAUAUAUUAAACACGAGAGAGAGUGUUUCAUUUGAUAUCCAGACACCGAGAAGGAAUAUAUUAAAAACCAAAAGAAGUGUUUUAUCCGAUAGCCAAACACCGAGAAGGUAUAUCCAAACACGACUGUUUGGCCCUUCCAUGAAUACAUGAUCGUGGAACAAAACGUUAACCAAAUUUUCAGGGACUAAAUUGUAAACACAUCAUAAAUGCAAAUACAGCAUUUUUGAAAAAGAGCCCGUCCUUAACAGUGAACUAAUUAAAAGAUAAGGUGGUCAAAUUUCCUAGGUCCUAAUAGUUUUUACAUUGUUUGCUUAAGCUCCCCGUCAAUAGGUUAAGCAUUAUUCCAGCAUUUUAGAGGCAUUUUCCAGUGAUCUUUUUCUCUGAAAAAAAAAAGAGAAUGGAAACAUUGUUUAAGAAAACUCGAAAGAAAUUAGGUUAAAUUCCACUUUAAUGCCUCUGUGUCUAGGAUCAUUUUUUGCUGUAUUGAACUAUUAAUGAGUAUAUACCAGACUGAAAAAACUUUGUCGUUUGAAAAGCUGAGUAUAAACCACACACGAUGAGACUAACUAGAGUUAAGGGUAGAAUUAUAUUAUCGUUACAAAUUUAGAGUUUUUCUGGAACAGCUUACAUUAUCUUGAGCUUCUCUUACAGAUGCCAAUCCCAGGAAUACUUAAAUUAACCCUUCCGGGUAAACUUUUAUGGCUCCAGUCAUCUUAUGAUUUUCAAGUUUUUGUUGGUCAUGGGGCAAAUCUCUAUAACUAGAGACGUCCCUGAAGAAACAUUUGCUAAAAGGGGAAAGUCGUCGGCUUGUCAGCAAGAACACUGGAACCUUUUUAUUGAAUUUUACGUCGUUGAAAUGCAUUGGUGUGAGAAUCGUGUGAUAGUUUAAGCCGCGAACUCUUAAUUUUCAAUGCUAAUAAACUUCUACCUAUAAAUACAUUUAAUAGGUCUCAAAAACUCAUUGCUUAUAAUUUGCAAUCGACAGAGUUUUUUCAAACAGGUGUAUACAAUGCUGCCAUAACACUUAAUACAUACUGUUUUGUUAGCCUUAAGCCCUCGUAAAUUAAUUGUUGAAUUAAAAGAAAUAAGCCUCUUUAUCAUAAGACAAAUCCGACAGAAUUUUGAUGACUCUUUUGGGGGUUUAACAAGCAUUCCAGUGCGAAAAAUGGAGCAUUAAGGUUGAGCAUUUUUAGGGGAAACAAAUACAGAAUGUGAAAAAACCUUUUAAAAUUAUUUACGAGAGCCCAUUAGUCAUUUGUCAGCUGGCGUGCUUACCAAUUACACGAAACAUGCAGUUGAAAACGUACCCUGGUCCCAGAGGUUUUCCUUGAUUUUUCUUUGCGAAAGAGAUCAAGAGCAAGCCGCGAAGCGGCGACAACGAGUUGCGAAAGCGACGAGGAGAGAGAGAAAAACCUCUGGUUACCUUGGCCUCGAAUCUCACUUUCAUGCUGAUGACAGCUGUCAAACGCGUCAAAUUGCUAAUAAAAAGAGUAGCCUGCGAAAACAUCCGUUUCUCCUCGCUCUUCGCCGCUGGGGACAUAACUUCCCUCACUCAUGAACAAAACUGGAAAAGCCUGUUUAUUAUUUAGUGGCAUCAGCUUCGACAAGGCGGAAGAACUUUUCGUAACAAACAUUCUAACUUGUAUCCUUAACUUAUUAUUAGGUGUCGUAACAUUUGUGGCCAACUCUACAAUUCUUCUGACGAUUAAAAAAAACCGCGAUCUUCACACGCCAUCUUUCGUCCUUUUAGGCUCCUUGGCAGCCUCAGAUCUUCUCGUUGGCCUCGUAUGUCAGCCGCUUUUUGUGGCGGUUAAGAUAGCUGAACUUGAAAGAAAUUUAAAUGCGUACUGUUGGUUGAGACUGCUCCAAGGCAGAACGGCUUGGACUACAUCUGGCGUUUCUUUGUUGAUAAUAGCCGCUGUUUCUGUUGACAGACUCCUCGCUCUAACUCUUCAUUUACGAUACGACACUUUAGUCACUGUUCCACGAGUACUUCAAGUCACUUUCCUUUUCUGGAUCUUGUCUAUGAUAUUAAACGUUGCUCUAAGAUUUUGGAUGACCAAUGUAUGGCUUUUCAUCCCUAUGGUCAUCUUUUUUCUUACAUUUAUUGUCAUUACGAUAAGUACUUUGAAAAUUUUCCAGACUGUGCUUAGACACCAACGUCAGAUAAAUGACCAAAACGCUGCCGUCAGCCAUCUUCAAAACAACACCGUUAACGUACUGAAAUGUAGAAAAUCGGCUGUAACCGUGCUCUAUGUUUAUGGCUUGUUUGUGAUAUGCUAUGUCCCCUACAUUGCAACACGCAUCAUAGCAGAACUUCUUGGAUACACAACGAAAGUGUUCAUCGCUGAUGAUCUCUGUGAGGCAGCUAUUUAUAUUAACUCCUUUUUAAAUCCAAUCGUGUACUGCUUGAGGAUAAGGAAGGUGCGACGAGCUGUGAAGAAUAUCCUAAAACGAGAGUAGGAACCUUAGGCAACGACAACGGAGACACUUUGCACGUGCAUCACGCCUUUUGUACAAUUUCUUUGUCGUUACAGCACGACUGCGUCGUGAAAAUGCCUAAUUUCACGUUUUGUGGAAGACGUGAACACAAAACAGGAACUUUCUUUUUCUUUUCCUGAACUUCGAGACAGUCGUAUAGAACUCAGAUCAAGAAAAAUAUGCCAACAUUUGACGAAUUCAACAAUUGGUUGUUUUGAAUUGCAAAAAUGUUGGUAACCCGUUAACAUACUUAAAAAUGAUGAAUGCUUCUAGGAACAAUAUGUGCUGCAACGAUGUAAAUAUUUCGCACUACACUAAAAGUAUAUAAAUACAAGGCGAGUACUUAGUGUAGCUUCGGAACCCUUCCAGUGAUCAUUUUAAUUUAUGCCUGUGAAAAGGGCAUUUAUUUUUUUGUUCAGGAGAUGUGACUACACGCAUAGCUUUACCAUAAGAAAUGUUUCAGUAAUACAGUGUUCAAGAACAAUAAAGUUUUGAAUGUUAGUACUAAGAAUUGCAGUAAGAUGGACAGCAUAUUAUUUCAGGUUUUAAAGACAAAAUAUUGAGGGGAAAAUCUACAUCUAAACGUUGACAUUCGGCAUAUUAUCUUCAUCUUUAAUUUAGCAUGGUAUUCAGCAGCUGGUGUUCUGAAUAUAUUGAACCAAGAAGUUAAGAUAUAAAGAUCUGUGGCAGUUUUACAGCGGACUCAGGAAAACUUUUUCAGUUGUUUUUUUUUAGGGGGGAAGACUAUUUGCAAAGACAGAGGGUGACCUUUAGUGCUUUUUUUGUCCAUAACAUAAGCCAUAAUAGAGACGUUGCUUUGCAGCUAGCGACUUCAAUCUGUUAAUAAUGCCAAUUACGCGUCUUGUCGCCAUGGAACUUGAGAAUGAGAAAUUUAAUACUUAUGACAUGUUAUGAAUGACAAAAUUACAGCUUUGUGUAAAAAAAUAUGUCUAGUCAUGGUCUUUAUUUCAAACGUUUAAAACAACAAAUAAUUCUGAACUUGUUAUGCUACUAGGUUUUCAAAAACCACAAUUGCAAUCCGCUUCAAUCUUCUUCAAGUUUGUCCAUCUUUGUCUCUUUUUGUAUUUGCUGUGAUAUCAUGGUGAUUGAUGCCUUCUUCUAAAGUUUUAAGCGGUUAGUUUUGUUUGCUUAGUUUGGUGGCAGUUUUCACUGGUUGACUUUUGAUAAAUAUUUUUACACGGCUCUCUUAAAAGGGCCGUUUAUACGAGGAAAAUUGAAGGUUACAUGGUAAAACUUCUAAGCGGAAAAGUUAGGUUCACCAGGUGCGAGCUAACUCGUUCAAAAUUUUAGACUCCAUAUUAAAAAUUACUGCGUAGUAACUACAUUGUUCUCGUUUUUUUCUCUGAUGUAUUCUGGAAAGGCAGCUUUCGAAAAGUCCAUCUAUUUCAGUCACCCGACACCAUUGCCUUGCUUGAAGUUCCCAAAUAAAAAAUUUCGUUUGUUUUUUGCCGGAUUACACCUGUAAUAGUGGUUGGGAGUAGGAAAAGUAACACAAAAAUAGACAUUGGAGACUCUUGUAUGGGUAUUUGUGACGAAAUCGAAGUCGCGACGAUCGGUAUUAAUAAAACGACGAUCUUCACUCAGUAUUAUAAAGCGACGAUCGCAUUGCCAUUCCGAUCAAGUUAUACAACGUUAGACGUGAGAUGAAACUGUCAAAAAUAUAAAGUGUACUUGCACGUUAAAAGCUUUUGUUUUUCUUAUUAAACCUGCGGCUAUUUUAUUUCCAGGGGCACCCAACGAUAGUUUCACCCUAAAUACAUUGAAACCUCUUAUUAGGCUAUCCAGAGUAACUUUAGAUAUCUGGAAAUCCAUUCUAAGCGGCGCUAUAAAAUUUGUAUCUGAGUUUUCGGUCAUACUAGGGAAACUUGAGUCUUUUCGAAAUUACAAGGGCUUUAGUGUUAUUUGCCCGAAAAUUUUAGCUGCGAUUAAAAGUUUUACGAAAGGGAAAAUUUUUCUGAUUCCUCUUUGCAUCGCAUUUUCGUUUCCGAACAUUUUGGGUUUCCUUUUUCUACGCGUGAAAAAAAAGAUUAAUCUAGUCAGUGAAAUGGGAAAAAAUAGAGUUCAGAAAAUCAUAGGGAAUUUAUUAGAUAAGCUUCGAAAAUUGUACAUGAAUAGAACGGUCAUCUAGAAAUUUUUAGCCUUCCUCAAACUGUAGAAAACUCUAAGCAAUUUUUGCUUCUCCGAACAGAUAUUUCACAGAAAACCGUCGUUGGGUGCCCCUGUAUUUUGUCGAUCCCUUCGUCGGUGGCGUGGUUGCUCGAGCCCGCUAGCAGCGUUACCACGCGAAACCAUUCUUGAUAUCCGACGAUUUCAGUCGUUGAAAGACCGACGAUUUGAUGGAAAAACGCAACGAAAACGUUUACAAAAACGCAUUGCCGAGAGGCUCACGAUACCUGCUCAAAAGGCCUCUUUUUCAGCUGACUUUAGAUAAUGACUUCCUCACAGUUUUCAAGUUGGCUAUAGUGGUCAGCAUGGCUGAAUUUUAGGACAGCCAAUCGUCAUUGUCAUGCUGAGCAAAAAGAACUAUUGAUUAAAUAAUACGUACUAAAUAAAUUCGGCUGUUUACCCUGGGAAGGCUAAUUUUUAUGGCCAUGUUAAUUUGUAUGCAAAUUUGCUCGGCAAAGGUUAAGAUGAUGUGAAAUUAUAUACUUUAAGGUGACUUGCUUUGCAAGAUGACCACUGGAAAUUGAAAAAUAGUCUAGAGCUUAAACUCUUUUUGUUAUCAGAAGGCACUUGGGAAAGAUUGGCGUCAGUUUCAAAACUCAAGACGACUUUUGGACAAGCUUCACACAUUAACAGGACAUUUCCCUUGUCAUGAACAAAACAAACAAUGAUACCUGUUUUUUCUUUGAAGAGAAAUUCGUCAACCUCGAUAGAACAGAGGACGUUUUUAUCAUCGACAUCUUUGCUGUUAUCCUAAAUUUUUUCUUUUCUUUAUUAACAUGUGUGGGAAACUUUCUCAUUGUAUUUGCGAUUGGAAAAACCCGAGAUCUUAAUUCGCCAUCUUUCGUCCUUUUGGGUUGUUUGGCACUUUCGGAUCUUCUUGUUGGGCUGAUAUGUCAACCACUUUUAGCGGCGUUCAAAAUAGCUGAACUUAAAAGUAAUUAUACGGCGCGCUGUACAUUGGAGAUGCUUCUGCACACAACAGGGUGGAUGACGUCUGACGCAUCUGUUCUGACUUUAGCUACGGUGUGUGUUGAUCGAGUUCUGUCACUAAUCCUACAUUUACGAUACAAAGCCCUGGUAACUGUUCCCCGCAUUUUUAAAGCUUUUUCUGCUGUGUGGAUCGUAUCGAUCACAGUUGUAGUUGUUAGGUUUCGUAUGGGUAGUGGAUGGUCUUUCGUUGCGAUUGUCGCAUUUCUUCUUCCCUUCCUUGUCAUAGCCGUUUGUACGUUAAAAAUAUUUCAGGUUGUUCGAAGACACCAUCGCCAGAUAAACGAUCAGUCUAAGGCUCUCAGCUAUCUUCAAUCCAACACAGUAAAUGUACUCAAGUGCAGAAAAUCAGCCGUGACAGUGCUUUAUAUUUAUGGUCUGUUCGUUAUUUUCUACCUGCCCUACUUUGUAGUGAUGGUUUUGCAAAUGAACGUUGUUGGAUUCACAAUAACAUUGAGGAUUGCCUGUUACUAUGCUACUGCUGUUUUUAUGAACUCUUCUUUGAAUCCGCUAGUAUAUUGCUGGAGAAAUAGAGAGAUACGACGAGCUGAAAAGAGUAUCUUGAGAAGA